AUGGAGUCAGAGGAAAUCAUUAAGCUGGUUGAUUCAUGCUGGUUCGAGAUGGAAGUACUUAAGAAACGGACAUGUCCAUCAACUUCUACGGGAUCUGAACCAAACCCAGACCCCCGAGUUGAAGAAAACUCAUCAGAACCCGAGUUAACAAGCACCCCAACUCUCCAUACGAGAUCCAUGAGUGACCAGAUGAGCUUAAUCAGCACAAGCUUCAUGGGCACCGGCUCGUUUUCACCCGACUCAGUUCUCCACUCGCCAAAGCUCCAUAAAAUCAUCUCGGGCAAAGAAGUUACGGAAGAAGAUCUGCAAGACAACAGUAACAUGGUCCAGGAACCCAGAAAGAAGGGGGUAGCAAGCAUGAUUAGUAGAAGGAGAAAGGGUUGGAGUAAGAGCCUGCCAGACUUGGAAUUCGAGGAGCUAAAAGGGUUUAUGGAUCUGGGUUUUGUUUUCUCGGAGGAAGAUAAUAAGGAUUCGAGGUUGGUGGAGAUAAUCCCAGGGUUGCAGAGAUUGGGAAAGAAAGUAGAGGGCCAGGAAGAGAUUAAAGAAAGUGGUGGUGAUGAUGAUAGGGCUGAAGUUUCAAGGCCGUAUCUAUCAGAAACAUGGGAGGUUGCAGAAACUAGAAGAAUAAGAAGAAGAAGAAUAAAGAAAAACCCUUCGAUCAAUUGGAGAGUGCCUGAUGUGGAUAAUGAAAUUGACAUGAAGGACAGCCUGAGGUGGUGGGCUCAUACUGUUGCGUCUACAGUCAAAUGA